AUCGUUCGUUGGGAAUCGGAAAAACUGGUGCUUUUCUCCUUCGCUACCGUUUCUCCCUUUUGGGUUUCAGUUUGAUUCCGAAUCAAAUCCACACCCUUUUCAAAUAAUCCAUCAUCAUACUAACAAACAAUCAGCCUAUUCAUCACAUGGACAAAGAGCCGCUUCUACCCUUUGUCAGCCCAAGGCGGUCACAACCAUCUCCCCUUUCUUCUCUCUACACCUUACCGGAAGAUGAUGUCAUCGCCCUUCCCGUUCCGAUGACCCCAUCCGAAGUCAAAGAACGCCUAAUCUUCGGCCCUUCAUCACCUUCCACCACCACCACCAACAAUUCUUCUACCAAUCUAUUCGACGCCCUAACUCUCUCCUCCCCCAAACCCUCCUCCGCAUCCGCAGAUGGCUCAGUUAAUCAAGAAACCCAAUCCCUUCUCUCUUGGUUGGUUGAUCCUAACUAUACCAUCACCAAAAGCAAUCUUCAUAGGUCAAAAACUGCUCCUGCCAUGGCCACAAUCAACGAGAUUGAACAUCCCAAGUCUACAACAAAGUCCCCUCAUUCCGACUCUAUCUCGAUUGUUCGUCAGGCUAUUUUUCUUCUGUUAAUUUACUUGUCUCUGGGUGUGAUUAUUUAUUCUUUCAAUCGUCAUAACUUCACAGCUCAUGAAACCCACCCAGUUGUUGAUGCAUUGUACUUUUGUAUUGUAACCAUGUGUACAAUCGGGUAUGGUGAUAUUACUCCCAAUACUACCUCCACCAAACUGUUCUCCAUUUUGUUUGUCUUGGUGGGUUUUGGGUUUAUUGAUAUUUUAAUGACUGGAAUGGUCAGUUAUGUUCUUGAUUUGCAAGAGAAUUACUUACUCAGGGCUGUAAAAUCUGGAGCAGAGAAGGAUCAUAAUCAUGGUUCUUAUCUUGUGGAUCUUAAGAAAGGGAGGAUGAGGAUUCGAAUGAAGGUUGCAUUAGCAUUAGGUGUUGUGGUUCUUUGUGUUGGUCUUGGAGCUACUGUCAUGCAUUUUGUGGAGAAACUAGGUUGGAUAGAUUCGUUUUAUCUCUCUGUUAUGUCGGUUACUACUGUUGGAUAUGGAGAUAGGGCUUUCAAUUCUAUGGCUGGUCGGAUUUUUGCUUCGAUUUGGUUGCUUGUUUCAACACUUGCUGUUGCACGAGCUUUUCUUUACUUGGCAGAGGCAAGAGUAGACAAGCGGCAGAGAAUGAUGGCUAAAUGGGUGCUUGGUCAGGAUAUGACUGUUUCUCAGUUUCUUGCAGCUGAUAUUGACAAUAAUGGUUUUGUGAGCAAGUCUGAGUAUGUGAUCUACAAACUAAAAGAAAUGGGGAAGGUGACAGAGAAGGACAUUCUUCAAAUAUGUCAGAAAUUUGAUCGGCUAGACACUGGAAACUGCGGGAAAAUCACUCUUGCAGAUCUAAUGGAAAGUCAUCAUUGAGAGCUUUCACACACACACAUGGUUCAUCUGACGAGGUGAUGACAUUCUUUCCCCCGAGAAUACAAAUUUCAUCCAUACUAUAUUAUAUAGAUAUAUGAUCAUCAUCAUCAUUAUCAUCCACCAAGUUUCGAUAUAUGUUAAUAUUAUUGGUGUACAGUUUUCAUGAGGUUGAGACGAUCUCAACCAUUUUUUGUUUUGCAUACUAUGUAAAGAAAAUGCUAGGAGAAUUAGGUUUUAAGUUCGAGCUUAUUUUUGGUUUUUAGUUAUUCCACAAAGGGUUGUAGUUAUUUCUUUGCCUAAACGUCAUGGGAAAAAGUUAUCCGUGAUCGAACCAACUACAUGGGCUAUAUAGUUUUUUUUUUCCUUUGGCUUCUGCCCUAAUACAUGUUAGUUUCAAUAUUUGU